AUGGCGGCUCGAGCGCCUAAACAGUGGCAGUUAUCCAAGAACGAAACCAUAACUUCUUACGAAAGCUGGAGACAGAACUUAAUAUAUAUCCUAUCCCUCGACAGCAAUUUUAUACCCUUUCUUGAAGCCACAUGGCAAAAGAAGACCUCUACUCAUCCCCACCGAGGCUUGGUCGAUGAUGCAGACCCUAUUCCUGAACCUAGACGGUUAACCGCCGUUCAAAAGAACGCUCGUUUAGAUUUAUUGCUUGGUCAAAUUGCCAAUUUUUGCCCUGUCGUUUCACGCAGUUCCAUCGUUAAGAAUUCAGUCUCUCUUAAUGAUAUUUGGCAGAAAAUCCGCCAGCACUAUGGAUUCCAGUCCACCGGGGCUCACUUCCUCGACCUAGCCACUAUUAUCCGGCAACCCGACGAGCGACCAGAAGACUUAUACCAAUGCCUCAUGGCAUUCUUUGAAGAUAACUUACUAACUGCUGGUGGGGGCAUCACCCAUCAUGGAGAGGCGUUGGAAGCUGACGAAGAUUUAACCCCCACCCUGGAAAACACCAUCGUCGUUCUGUGGCUUCAACUAAUACACCCAGGACUACCCUUGUUGGUGAAGCAAAAAUAUGGAUCUGAGCUGCGGAACAAAUCCCUGGCCUCGUUAAAACCAGAAAUAUCCCAGGCACUCUCUUCCCUCCUUGAUGAGCUACGAUUAAUCGAUGAGACUCGGACAAUGCGCAUUGGCAGUACAAACCCACGACGAAAUCCUACCAGUGCCUCAGACAACCCACGACGUAAAGCAUUCCGGUCAUGUAUUCUAUGCAAGACCGCUGGCCGCCCGCAUACAAGCCAUGACCUCAUGGAUUGUCGCUAUUUACCAGAGCGAGACAGGCGACCAUGGACUCGUUCACGACUUUUGAAGGACGACUAUGAUGAUCUGCACCCUGAAGACUGCGAUACCGUUGACCUUAGUGACGAGGGUGUUGCUAACGCUGUGCUGGUCGAUGACUCUACUGCCCAUCGUGUGAGUAUCGUUAGUCCCCUGUCCUCCGCACCUUUUACAAUCAGCACCCCAUCCAGUUGACCUUAGACACUGGUGCAACGUCCAACAUGGUUCGAGCCUCAUCAGCCACAGCUUACGGAUUUCCUGUAUCCCCUGCUUCUCAGAUGGCUCGCCAGGCUGAUGGUGUUACCCCAAUGGAUGUGGUUGGUGAAGUCCAUUGCUCACUCAUCCGAGGUUCGUCCACAUUUGAACUCGAUGCCCUAGUUGUUCGCCAACUUGAUGUUGACAUUUUGGCUGGCAAUCCUUUCUUGUCCAAAAAUGACAUUGCUAUUCGCCCUGCAAAGCGCGAAAUUUUAAUUGGUGGUACAGAUGUUGUGCAUUACGGCCCACCAGCGAAGUCGAUCCCCCAUUCCGCUGCUAGACGCACGCAGUCCUUCCUUCUCCGCAGCCCACAGCACAUGGUUGUCUUACCCGGUGACUAUCUCCAGCUCACUACACCUCUGGAGUCUGAUCCCGAUGCUUUGUGGGCCUUGGAACCUAGACUCGAUAGCCCCUCUAACCUUUCUCAGAAGCUGGAAGCCGCAUGGCCUCAGCCACAGGCCAUUGUUUCCGUAGAUCAUACCUUGCGUAUUCCCAACACAACCUCUUCUCCGAUUCUCAUAAAGAAGGGUGAACAGUUAUGCCAAGUUCGGCAUAUCAUACCUCCCUUCCCCACCGACCCAUGUGCCUCGCCUUCCAGUACCUGUCGUCCUGUGAUUUGCCCUCCUGUCCACAGCAAGCCGUUUUCUAGCACAGUCGUUCUUGAUCCAGAUUCCUCUCUUCCACCCCACAUCCGUGACCAGUUCAGAGAUCUUCAUCUCGAGUAUGACGAUGUGUUCAACCCCACCAUCUCCAAGUACAAUGGUGCUAGUGGCAAGAUUGAAGCCGUCGUCAAUAUGGGCCCAACCCUUCCUCCUCAACGGAAAGGUCGCCUACCACAGUACAACCGAAGAACUAUGGAGGCGUUACAAGCUAAGUUCGACGAGCUUGAAGCCUCUGGAGUCUUUGCCAAACCUGAACAGGUUAACGUUCAUGUUGAAUACCUGAACACUUCUUUCCUUGUAAAGAAGCCAAAUGGUGGAAGUCGUCUCGUAACAUCCUUCGGUGCGGUUGCCCAGUACAGUAAACCACAGCCCUCACUCAUGCCGAAUGUUGACAGUGUUUUACGCGCCAUAGGACAAUGGCAAUACGUCAUUAUCACUGACUUGUUAAAGUCUUUUUAUCAAAUUCCCUUGGCUGCUUCGUCCAUUAAGUACUGUGGAGUCGCCACUCCAUAUAAAGGUAUCCGUGUCUACACCCGAUCUGCCAUGGGUAUGCCUGGCUCCGAGACCUGUUUGGAGGAGUUAAUGUCCAGGGUCUUAGGUGACCUCAUUCAGGAGGGCUGUGUUGCUAAAAUCGCCGACGACCUGUAUAUUGGUGGAAAUACCCCUAGUGAGGUACUCUCCCUACUGAACGUGCUCUCCCUACUGAAGAAGGACAACCUUCGCCUAUCAGCCUCCAAACCAUCAUCUGCCCACAGAAAGCUGUUGUGUUAGGCUGGACCUGGUCCAAAGGCACCUUGCAGGCUAGUCCACACAAGCUUGCUGCCUUAUCCUCUGUUGCUCCGCCCUCUACAGUACGAGGCUUACGAUCCUUUAUUGGCUCAUACAAGGUACUCAGCCGAGUACUCCCAAAGUAUGCCGAGCUGCUCGACCCUCUCGAUCAGGCUACCGCCGGCAAGGAGUCUCGGGAGCGAAUCCGUUGGUCUGACGAGUUACCGCUAGCAUUCAAGACUGCACAACAAGCCCUAGAGAAUCACAAAACUAUCUCACUUCCUCAGUCUGAUGAUGCGCUCUGGAUUGUUACAGACGGUUCCGUAAAGAACAGGGGCAUAGCAGCCACCCUCUAUAUUGAACGCGACGGAAAGCUCCUAUUAGCUGGUUUCUUCAACGCCAAGUUGCGUAAACAUCAGGUGACUUGGCUUCCUUGUGAGAUAGAAGCUUUGGGCAUCAGUGCUGCCAUAAAGCACUUUGCCCCUUACAUCAUACAAUCUGUCCACACUACCCAGGUUCUCACGGACAGUCGACCUUGUGUUCAAGCAUACGACAAGCUCAAGCGUGGCGAGUUCUCAGCCAGUUCACGAGUCACUACCUUCCUGUCAACUGUUAGUCGUUAUCGAGUCCAUGUGCGCCACAUCGCUGGAGCAGAGAAUCUUCCAUCCGAUUUUGCCAGCAGAAACCCUCGACAAUGUUUAGAUUCUAGUUGUCAGAUUUGCAAAUUCAUCAUAGAAAUGGAGGAUUCUGUCGUCCGUGAAAUCUCUGUGAGUGACGUCAUGGAAGGUUCCAUUCGAAUGCCCUUCAAUAGUAGAGCAGCCUGGCAAGCUACACAGCAGGAGUGUCCUGAUCUCCGGCGAACUCACUCCCACCUUCAUCAAGGCACCCGCCCCUCCAAGAAAAUCACCAAGAUCAUUGAUGUCAAGCGUUACCUCAAGGAUGUCAUCAUUGCGUCCGACGGCCUCCUUAUCGUGAAAGACACUCAACCAUUCCAGCCCAGCCGCGAGCGCAUAGUCGUGCCCCGCUCCGCACUUGAUGGCCUGCUGACGGCACUUCAUAUCAGAUUAACCCAUCCGUCUAAAUACCAACUCAAACGUCUGUUCAACCGGUACUUCUUUGCCCUGGAUGUUGAUAAGGCAAUUGAGGCGGUCUUGUCAUCUUGUCAUCUCUGCCAGUCAGUGAAGACAAUUCCUAAGCAUCUACAGCCCCAGUCUACUUCAGACGCCCCUUCAGCCAUUGGUAUCUCGUUCGCCGCAGACGUGAUACGCCGUAACUGCCCGUACAUACUUGUUAUGCGAGAGACCGUGUCCUCAUACACUAUCGCUUCUCUCAUUGAGAGCGAAAAGCAUGAGAUUCUACGUGAUGCCCUCUUGAUCCUAUGCUCCGAGCUCCGAUCUCUGCAUGCUGGUGGUGUGACAGUACGCGUGGAUCCCGCCCCAGGAUUCUCUGCCCUCGCAAAUGACAAGUUCCUUAUCUCGUCUGGCAUUCAUUUGGAGGUGGGCAGACCUAAGAACCUUAAUAAGAAUCCCGUCGCUGAACACGCAAUUGGCGAGCUUGGUGCAGAGCUCCUUAACCUAAAUCCUGAAGGAGGCCCAGUCUCAAAGGUCGUGUUAGCUCUCGCUGUUGCCAACUUGAAUUCCCGAAUCCGACGCGAUGGCCUUUCUGCCCAUGAAGUCUGGACCCAAAGAGAUCAGUUAACUGGUGAGCAGCUACCCUUCAUCGACCGCGACCUUAUUCUCAAUCAAAACGUAUCUCGUAAGCAGAACCACCUACCCAGUGCUAAAUCGAAAGCUACUGGUAUACUAGGUUAUCCCACUCCUACUAUCUCUGUUGGAGACCUGGUUUACUUGACACGUGACAAGGACAAGCUAAAAGCUCGCGAAAAGUACCUCGUUAUUGACAUCGACCCAAGCAAGAUGUGCCACCUACGGAAAUUCACAAGCUCACAGUUUCGAAGCAAAGUCUACCUCGUACCUAUGGCCGAUUGUUAUCCGUUGAAGCCCUCAGUUGUAGCUCAACCCUCUCAAGGACCUGUCCGUGGGCAGGAUGAGCGACUAGAGUCCGAUUCCGACAACGAGUAUAAUACCAGUACAGAGGCCGAAGAACAUACUAGAAGUGUUACUCCACCAAUCAUCGUACCACCUUCCCCUCCAGUAGCCGAUGCCAUUAGCGGCAUAUCUGCUCCACCCACCCCCACAACCACUGAAGCUGUUGUGGCCUGCAAGCAUUCGUCUUCAGUCGUGCCUCCCCGAAAAUCAGUCCGUGAGCGAAGACCUCCUUAUUGGUGCACCCAGGAUUGGGAUUUGAAUCGUUAUUGA